CCUCAAAAGGAUAGUGAAAUGGAAAAUGAGACAACACCAUCACACUUUUAUUUCACAUUAUUUAAGGGUUAUGAAAAUGUAAGAAUCAUUUAUUUUCUGUUAGCAGUGGUAGUGUAUCUUCUCAUCAUACUUUUCAAUCUAAGUAUCAUACUGGUUGUAUUCAAGGAAAAGUCUCUUCAUGAACCAAUGUACCUUUUAAUUUCUUGUCUGUUGUUCAAUUCUCUGUAUGGCAGUUCUGCUCUUUUUCCAAGACUCUCUGUUGAUCUUCUAUCUAAGAGUCACUCAAUUUCCCGUCCUGCAUGUUUCACACAGAUAUUUGUUAUCUACACUUAUGCAAUAUCCGAAUUCACAGUAUUAACUGUUAUGGCAUAUGACAGAUAUGUAGCCAUAUGUGAACCACUGCAAUAUCAUAACAUAAUGACACAAAAGAGAACAUUUCUGCUUAUUCUCAGCGCAUUUUCCUGGUCAAUCUUUUGGAUGGUCCUUGUCAUUUAUUUUUCUAUAAGGUUACCUCUGUGUGGCAGUCAAAUACCAAGAGUAUAUUGCUCAAAUUGGUCCAUAGUAAGACUUUCUUGUGUGACAACAGUCAGUAAUAAUAUUUUGGGAUUUUUUGUCACUGUAACUACAAUCUUCCUGCCUGCAGGUUUCAUAUUGUUCACAUACAUUAGGAUUCUCAUUGUCUGUCACAGAGGUACAUCGGAAAUUAGAGGUAAAGCACUACAAACAUGCUUGCCUCACAUUGUAAAUUUUGUAACCUACUCAUUAGCGUCAUUUUCUGAUAUUGCACUUAGUCGUUAUGAACCUGGCAAAAUUCUGAGUGCUAUAGCUUUGAUGAUUUCCCUGGAAUUUAUUGUGAUUCCUCCAUUACUAAAUCCUCUGAUAUAUGGCCUAAAUUUACCAGAUAUACGUAGGAAGAUUCUGAGUCUGGUUGUUUCUUCAAAAAAUGUCCUCAGUUCUUAAUAACAGUUAUUUUAACAAUAUACUCAGAAAGCUUUCCCUAUUAAAUAUAUCAUUUCAAAGUUUUUGUACCAUACAACAGUUACUUUUUGUUAAAGCCAAUACCAGUUUUUCACAAUGACCCUUUUGAUAGCUAUUGGAAAGCCUGCUUAUCUAUCUGCAUAGUUAAGACACAGGAGUAAUUUUGGAAGAUUUAACACUAUUUGAUGGAAUAGUACAAAUGUAUGUGCACAUGACUCUGUGAACUAAAUACAUCUAUAAUGUUAACACUAAUGGCACAAUGUUUUAUACA